AUGUCUAAGUGCCAAAUAGCUGAUUUUCAUGAAGGGUUCAAGAUCAAAAUCUGUGCAGACCAUUCCCAUCAAAAUAAGCAAGAAAAUUGAACUCGGCUCGGAAAUAUUGGAGAAAGCGAAGAAGCCCUUGAAGUGAUCGGAGCAUGUAUGAAAAGUAUGCUAGUUGAGAUAGAGACUGAAGGGAACUUUCUUGACUUUGAAGAGCAGAGCUUCGUUGCUACAAGAAUUCAGAAAAAGAUCGUUCAGCUUAUACCACAGCUAGAGUCUAUCAAAGACAAAAGCUUGUUCCAAGAUAUUAAAAUAAUCGAGAAGGGAAUUGUUGGUAUUAUGAAGGAACUUCACCAGAGUGAUUGAUUCAAACAAUUCUGUAUGAGGAACUAUAUGGCUCUCAUGUGAAAUUAUCUCAAGAUUGAUUACAAAAAGGUAUCUAGGCUCAUUAAAACCCCAUUUGAUGACGAUGGUAUCCAAGCUAAGCUCCAGAGGGUUGAAGAAGAAGCAGAAACAUUGAAACAUGACCUAAAGAAACUCAGAGAACGAGUAAUAACUACUAUUGGGUUGGAGCCUCAAGCUAACUUCCAGAAAGCUUAUGAGCUAAUCACUAAUAAGAAAUUAAUUCCAUCAGAUCCCAAAGAGCUUAGUUUUGAUUGAGCUUGUCCAAAAGAUGCAUGAUUUAUGGAGAGUUCUGAUGGAAACGUUCUCUUCAAUUGUAAAGAGCUAAAUAUAUGCAGAAUCACCGAUAACAUAAAACUCGCAAAAGAUUUCAUAUGAUCAUCUUUCCCUCAAACGGUGCAGAACUUUCACAUGAAUUUGAAUGGAGGGAUCCUUGACUGAGAAGAAGUUAAUGACAUCAUUGUAUAUGUGGGUCCUCAUGUCUCAAAAGAAUUCUGUAUAUACGGGAUGGAGAUGAGUCAUUUUCAAAUGAAAAAUAUCCUUCAAACUUUAUGUAAAAACCAAAGAAAAGUUGGAUUAGGUAUUGCAAACUUGAACUAGAUUCAAUACCAAGCUUUGGAUAUUGCCUGAACAAAUCAAUCAUUGAAGACUUGAAUUUAGGCGGCUGAGGUUACUCACAAUUCUCUGAUUGGGAAAAUCAUCCUGAAAGAUUUACAAAUCUGAUCAAAGGGUUAAGUUUAAGCAAAGAUUUUAUCAAGAACAUUAAAUCUAUCCAUAUGGAAAAAUGAGGAAUAGAAGAAGAUAUUGUGAGAGGAGUACUUGACAAAUAUGGUUUCCAAUAUGUUU